AAGCGGCGCUGUCCCGGGAGAGUGUUGGGCGGCAUGACUGGACAGUAUGAGGAGUUUAAGGAGCUGCUAAAAUGAGUGGUAGAAUUCCAAAUCAUGGUUACAUGCAACCAGCAUCCAUUUCAGCGACUUCUUGUGGGCAUGACUAUCAGUUUCCAACUUUAGCUAACUCUGAGAGUGAUCUGCUGGAAGAGGAUGCGGAGGAAUUUGAACUACGUCCUCGGGGAAAAGAGAAGACGCGGCGUAGCACGUCAAAAGAGCGCAUUGAUGAUAUUGUAUAUAUAAGCAGAGAUAUAUGUGAAGGGGACACCUUGAAUUCCAUAGCACUACAAUACUGCUGCACUGUUGCAGAUUUGAAAAGGGCCAACAACUUUCUAAAUGAACAAGACUUUUUUGCUUUGCGGACCAUCAAAAUUCCUGUGAAAAGAUUUAGCGUAUUGACACAGCCACAUUUUUCCCCAAAGGCAAAGGCUACAAGACCAGGGACUCUGCAACUUUCACCAGAACACCAAGAGAGUGAUCUCCUGAUUGGCCCUAGUUCUUAUGAGACUGCUGGCAGUUUCCUCCAAGAAGUAGAUCGGGACAUUGAAAAGAUUGUAAAAAGCACAGACACAAAGAAAGAGAGCCUUAAUGAAGUUGUCUCUGCCUUAAGCCAAGAACAUUUUGAACCUGAGCAAAUACUGGUUCCACAAAGGGAUCCCUAUCAUGGGGCAGACUGGAGCUUAGGAUGGUGGACAGCAGUUGCAAUAAUGGUAUUUGUAGGAAUCAUCACUCCACUGUUUUAUUUCCUUUAUUAUGAGGUGUUAAUGAAAGUCAACACAAGUCAUACGUUAAAUUCAAUUGAAAAAUCUGGUCCUUCAUAGAAAACCCUACUGCAUACCCAAGAUAACAGUGGAAACGUGUGUCAGUAAAUGGAGUAAUUUGCUCCAAGGAAUGUACCUAGGGAGUUCUAGAUCAAACUGGAUUCAGAUUUGGUGCAAUAGAGAUUUCCAGUCGGAUAAACUUCACCUGCGGUAUUGAGAGAAGAUUAUGGAGAACAUCACGUCAUCACAGCAGUUUGAGUUUACCAAUCUUGCUUUUUCUGUUUUACAUGGCUGCUUUUUUUAUAGAGCACCAAUAAAUUUAUGGAAAUAUCCACACGUUCAUAUGAAGAGGUACAUGUCUGUACAACAUGCAAAUGCAAAUUAAUUUCCACCUAAAAGAAAAGUAAACACAGAACAUUUGCCAAUUUUUUUUCAACCAUGUUGGACAAUUUAAGUGCUUCUAAACCACUGAAACCAGGAUGGCACAUUUUUCGGUCAGAUAUUGAAACUCCUUUUCUUCUGAGCAAUGCAAAUAACUUUGUGUUAGUA